AUGAUCUUACGGUCCUUCGCCUCGUUCUUCCACAAGUUGAUCCCUCAGUUUCGCUUGUACGGGCACGGCGAUGAUGGUGGGGCUCGGGCACGGACUCCGUGUACACUCUAGGGUAGCCUCGGCCGACUGAGAGAGCUACCACUUCGAGUGAAGAAAAUACACGGAAUGAAGAAAAUACACGGAAUAUUUAAAAAAAAAUCCCAACCAGAAUUAAAAUGUAGAGAAAUAACUACUUUUAAAACUAAUACUUUAUUUCAACCUACAAAAUGUUUUUCUAACCUCUAAACACUAGUGAAAAUCUUGAAUUUACAAUAAAAAACAAGAUUCUGUCACAAAAAAUUCUUAUGUAACGGGAAAAAAAAAUUCUUUGAGGUUCUCCCUUUUAGCGGCCAUUAUCCAGCAUUCCGAACUUGCCCGAGAGUUUUGCUAUACCUCUUAAAAAAAUCCAAAGCUUUUUUUGAAUUUUUGAGAACUUUGAAAAAUGCACUUUUUUCAGGUCCGCAAAAGACUUUGGCCUCCCUUCCGAUAGUGACUAUCCUUACAAAAAAGCCCAGCAAAGGUGUCGUGGCGCCACCCCAAAAGUAAAAAAAACCUCUUCAAAAAAUUUCUGAUUUAAUUUCAAGAUCAAGCUGAGAGAAUUCCUUCGAAUGUCGCCAAAUGAAGAAGAAAUGGUUUAUUCCUUAUUGGACGGUGGUCCAAUGGCCGUUAGUGAGUUAAAACAUUGAAUGAAUUCUUCAGAAUAGGAUAAUUUAUAGCCUUCAAAGCUGGACCGUCUUUCCAGCACUACACUGGGGGAAUUUUGCAGAGUAGGGACUGCGAAUCAACGGUGGGUAAUGUAAAAAUUGCCAAGCUUUUUAAAUAGUUGGCGGCAAUUGAAUUGAACUUGUGCCAAGAACCGCGUACGCACACGCUACGCGUCCCGCCCCUUGCCCCGCCUCCCUCGCCUUUCAAGUCGGGAAACAUUGACUAUAAACAGAACGUUGAAAAUUUCGCCAAGACUCUCAAAAUUUACAAAUAAACGUUUAAAAUGAUUCAUUUUUUAAGGUAAAGCCAUGAAAAAAAGGCAGAAUUUUUCGAGAUUAAUCCAUUUUUUUACCCUUUUUGAAUCAAAAAAAGACAUCCUAGUUGCUGGAUUCGUCAAACUUUUUUUAAAGACAUCUUUGAAAAAAAUCAAAAAAAUCAAAAAAAUUUAUGGAUAAACAUUAUAAAAAAAUUUGUUAGGGCUUUUUAAAGGAGCAUAGAAAAUGCCAUAGAGGUCUCGAAACGAAAAAGCCGCUUUAAGAUCUUUUGUCAUGAUGUGCCUUUAAAUUAGUGAUAAACAGGAUGUUGUAAAUUUCGCCAAGACUCUCAAAAUUUCCAAAUAAACGUUCAAAAUGAUCCAUUUUUUAAGGUAAAGCCAUGAAAAAAUCAAAAUUUUCAAAAUUAAGCCAUUUUUAAUCCUCUUUGAAUCAAAAUGGACACCCUAGCUGCUUAUUUCGUCGAAUUUUACACAAAAGAGACCUUCGUAAAAUCAAAGAACGGAAAUUUUCAUGAUAAACAGUACAAAAAAACUUGUUGGGACUUUUAAAUGAGCAUAGAAAAGGUCGUAAAGGUCUCGAAGCGAAUAGCCUUUUUCGAGUUUUUAGAUCAUGCUGCGCCUUUAAAUUAGUGAUAAACAGAAUUUUGUGAAAUUCGCAUUGACUCUUAAAAAUUCUAAAUAGACGUUCGAACUGCAUUCAUUUUUCAAGGUAAAGCCAUGAAAAAAAUCAAAAUUUUCGAAAUUAAUCCAUUUUUGAUCCUGUUUGAGUUAAAACAUCCUAGCUGCUCAUUUCAUUAAAUUUUACUCAAACGUCGCUAAUCAAAAAACGAUAAUUUUUAUGAUAGAAAGUAGGGCGUUUUUUUGGCUACGCCCAUAUUUUUCCGUAAAGUUUAGUGUGUCGUGUGCAUACACUGCGGCGCUCUGGCACACGCUUUUUUUCUUCCACUAACAAAAACGCCGUGUACUGACAAAGGACUUUUAAAGGAACAUGUAGACAAGGUCGUAAGGGUCUCGAAGCGAAUAGAUAUUUUUUGAGCUUUUCAGGUCGUUCUGCGCCUUUAAACGUCUUUUUUAAUUUUCUGACAAUCUGUAAGAAUUGUCGAGCGCGUUGAUAUCAAUUUCAACUUGAAAAUCUUAAAAACAAGCUUUUUGUGUAAGCUUUCAAAAUGGUUGAAAGAAGCUUUCAAAAUGGUUAUAAAUCGACCAAGUCUUCAGUUCGGUUGGUUGUCAGUCUCGUUGAUCGGCUUCGGCGUCGAAGGUUCCAAGGAGUUCUGGUUGGGGCGCAAUUCGAUGGGACUCGGUUGGGGAGAAGGCGGCUAUUUUCGAGCAAAAAGGAACGUCACUUGGUGCGCCAUCGCCAAUGAUCCCAUAGCUGGAUUCGUUUGA